AUGGCAGAAUGGGCUCACCUUAUACGGGAUAAUCCUGAUGAUGAAGGAACGAGCAAUGUCACAGACAUGAAUGAUGCUGACACAAAUGCAACGAGCUCUGACACAAUCUCACCACAAUAUGUCCAUCAGCGGGAUGCAGAUAGCUCCAUGGCUUUGUGGAAGGGCAGUCCUAUACACUUACUAAAUUCCAGUGUUGCAUCACAAAUACUCAAUACCAGCCUCGGAGACGUAUAUAACUCGAUGAUGUCGGGCAUUACGACAAGGUAUCUGGACUACAAUUGCAAUCUAUUCGCCGGACCGUACAAGUACACUUUUGAACCAGAGGAUCUUGGGCAGCCCAUGACCCCAGCGGAUGCUGAAACACAAAAUCCAGGGACUGGCAUACCUGUGAACAUUCCCAAUUCAAAAAGGAACUAUCUUCCGCCAUGGAGAAGAUCGAAUUGCAACUAUCUACCUGACACCCUCCAAAACCGCACUUUCCUACCGGAACAGGUUGAUUCACAGAUCAGUAGAGUGACCAUGAUUGGGGUUGCGAGAUUUCUAGACAAUUUUGGUCCACUGUAUGGAAACUGCGUCAACCGAGAGACCCGGGAAAGCGACGAGAAGGCAUUAACGGCGGUUCUCCAGGCAUUUGCUCUCCAAUUUGCACCUUCAGAUUCUCGCAGUGGUCCUCUGGAGUUAAAUUUUAGUCCAUCUCAAGUCAACUCAAGAUUUCAGAAACCAAAGUCAAAUAACGCCCAGGUCUACAAAGCAGCUUGGCACCAUGCUUAUCAAAACCUUCUAGACAGCAGCGAUAACCGGACCUUCGUUCAUAUAUACACGGUAUUCCUGUUCCAGAUGACAGUGGUCCCAUCGGAGGGCCCUGCGGCAAAAGAUGUCGAGGGAACUCCUCUAGGAUUUCUGGACCUUGCACUUUUGCAGAUGACGGAAUUGCAACGACUCGUUGAAUCAUACAGUAAAGACUUGAAAUUCGAGUCGCUCUAUCGUUUUCUGCUCGAUUCAUCGCUUGCAAUAUUCCGAUGGUAUGGAAUCGUCCGUGACAGCAUAGCUUCAAUGCUCUCCGACAGGGCUUGUUUUAUGGACGAGCCGCCAAUCAGGAUCAGGGAUAUCAGCCAACAAAGUGCUGUAGAUACUGCAGAACAAUGGCAGCAGCCUUCCAGCUUUGAACAAUGUGUCGCUAGCAAUUGCCAGAAUGCCGCUGGAGAUCUAUUUCAUAUGUUGAGGCAAAUGACACACCUGAAACAAUUUAUUGCUACUGCUACUCCUGAAAUCGACAGUGCUAUUCUCAAAACUAGAGUGGAAUCUGCAAUAAUUCUUACAGAAGGCUUCGAUUCAACAUAUCAGCCAUGGCUAGAACAGUGUAUAGUCAUGUUUUAUAGACUAUCCAACAAGUCGAAGCUGGCUACUGCCUUCUUAUUGCUGUUCUGGAACCUAGGUCAUCUAUGCCUUGUUGAACAGAUACAUUAUGCCGCUCAUCUCCUGGGGCCGGAUGUUGGCCAUGCAUUGCUUUGCAAAGCAGAUACGUUACAAGAGUCGGCGGUCGCCUUCGUCCUCGCCAUAGCACGUCGUAUAGUUGAUGUCUCCUCAAACGGCGAAUUCAAACUCAUCAACAGCAUCCAAGCAAAGCUACAAUUCGUUUCACACCAUGCGAACACGGCUCUCGUCGUGAUGGCUCUAGUCAAAGGCAUUGAGCAUACGAUUGAUUACAACUUAUCAAAGCAGCCCGCAAAGAAGCAAACGCGAACAGGUGGCUCAAAUCCAAAUGCUCAGCCUGUUUGGAUUCCAUCUAUCAAGCCGUUGUUGACAUGCCUGUUGGCACUAGAAUCUACAGUUUCAGGGGUGUUUACUGCCAGGCCUGCAUUACAAAAGCUAAUGCACGAGUAUAGUGAUGUUUUGAUGGACUGCUGGUCAUCCGAAGACUCGCGAGAAUCCAUCUGA